AUGGGCAAUCAUUACAUUGCAAUUCCAAGCAGAAUGGCUCAAGAUAAGCCUCGCGGCUUGGGGCCGCAAUAUCAGAAAUUCUCUCCGGACGAUUUUCCGGAAGAGCCGUCUCCAGGUAGCAAUGAAAUGUCUCUCGAGGAACCUGUCUAUUCGGAGCCGGGGAGAGAGCGAGUCGGAGAGAAUGUUUGGAGAGUGUUAGGUGAAAGACAGAUUAACAUGAUUACUUUUUCAGGCACAAUUGGAAAUGGAUUGUUUCUCGGGAGUGGUCGAUCCCUUGCUGGCGCGGGCCCAGGCGGUGCCGUUGUCGCUUACCUGCUUAUGGGCGCCGUUAUAUCAACAGUGAUAUCUUGUCUAGGCGAAAUGACCGCGUUGAUGCCCGUUAAUGCCCCAGUCAUGGAAUUUCCCCGAAGAUUUGUCGACAGAGGCGUCGGUUUUGCCGUCGGUUGGAUGUAUUGGUUCGCAUAUGCUGUACUUGCUGCAGAUCAAUUGGUCGCGGCUACGAAUUCUAUUAAAUUCCACUACGAAGAUAAGCGAACGUACAUUAGCUGGGUGGUUGGGGAGAAUGUCCACUCAGCAGUCUGGAUUACGCUUGUGCUUGUGAUAGUGACCAUGGUCAACAUGUUCCCUGUCAAAGUCUUUGGGCAACUGGAGUAUAUCUUUGGGAGCAUAAAGCUUACCUUUAUUACCUUCCUCAUUUUAAUGAGCGUUGUGAUUGACACCAUGCAACCUCGAUCGAAUGCAUACUAUGAUAAACCAUUGGGAACUAAAUACUGGGACGAGCCGUACGGCUUUUUCAACCGUAAGUUCCCGAUCAAGAAUGAGGAUGGAUCAGUACAUAUGAUGACCGGUUCAAUGGGGUCUCUACUCGGCAUGUGGACAACCCUUACUAAUGUCAUUUUCUCCUACAUUGGUAUGGAUAUUGUCGCUGCGACGGCCGCGGAAAGCAAGGCCCUGGCAGACUCUGAAGCAAUGAAAAUGGCAACGCGAAAGAUAUCACUACGUAUUAUCACGCUUUACGCCUUAACUAUGAUAACUGCUUCGUUCACGGUCCCUCUUGAUCAUCCCUUCCUGAAUGGAAAAGCACAGUCAGUUGGAGCGCAGACGAUAUUUGUCAUAGCGGCCGUUGAAGCAGGGAUGCCUGCUUUGGCUAACUUUUAUAACGCCGUGUAUUUGUUUUCGGCGUUUACCUGCGCCAUCAAUUCGAUGUAUGUGGCAUCCAGAGUCUUGCAUACAUUGGCAUUACGCGACCAAACCGGCCCCGAAUGGAUUACGAAGAGAUUACGGCAGUGCCAUGCAGGUGUGCCGAUAAGGACUGUUCUUGUAACUGCUGCGUUGAUGCUGGUGGCAUAUAUGGGCCCCACUGGAGCCCCAGGAGAGAGACUGAGCGAACUCGCAGUAAAUUGUACCGUUUCAUGUUUAAUUGUUUAUGCAAAUAUCUGCGGGACCUAUUUGUGCUUCUUUAGAACGCUCCAAGAUAUUAAGGAUUACAGUAAUACCUCGGAGGCACAGGCGGCCUGCUAUGACCGGAAUCAUCCAAGAUACCCCUAUAAGUCUCAUGGACAGUGGCUAAAGGCACUAUUUGGUCUAACUGCUUGUGUCAUUCUCGUUCUAUUUAAUGGCAUCGUAUCCUUCUUAGAAACACCUUUCAACCCUCAAGGAUUCAUUGCUGCGUACAUUGGUCUCCCCGUUUACAUACUACUCAUCAUAGGAUACAAGAUCAAAAAACACGGAUUCAGAUUUGAUAACUGGGGCCCAGAGCGAUCGAAUGACCUCUCUAAUGCGGUACAAGUGACAAGCGAGAAGAGAAAAGGAAGACUUGAAUUCCCUGAUGAUGGAUUCACUUCAGAAAAUUUCCGUACAUUCUUCCGCUGGGUAUGGGCUUGGAUGAAGUAAUAUCCCAGUAUCGUCCUUUUUUUUAAUUUUAAUUUUCUAUUUUUUUUCCCCUUCACU